AUGGAUAUGGUGGCCUGGAGAGGCUUGAUGUACACGGGGUUCAUACUGCAUUUCGUCUUUGUCUGCCAGCUCCUCCUUCUUCAACCUCUGGUUUCAGCUCUAGAUGGCAAACCAGGCAAUGCAGCUGAAUUGUUUGAGAGGGUUUCACAGAGUAUAAAGGUGAAGCGAUAUAGUGAGGCACUUAAUGAUCUUAAUGCUGCUAUAGAGGCAGAUCCAACACUUUCAGAAGCAUAUUACCAUCGUGCAUACGUUCUUCGCCAUAUAUGCAGAUAUGAGGAAUCAGAGAAGAGCUACAAAAAGUUUUUGGAGCUAAAACCACAGGAAUCAGUUGCAGAAAAGGAGCUUUCGCAAUUAAUUCAGUCUCAGAAUGCUCUGGAGACAGCUUUGACUCUCUCUGAAUCAGGCGACUAUGCAAAAUCUUUGGAGUACGUUGAAAAAGUUGUACUGGUUUUCUCUCCAGCAUGCUCAAAGGCCAAACUGCUGAAGGUGAGAUUGUUCUUAGCAACUAAAGACUAUUCUGGUGUCAUUGCUGAGGCUGGGUACAUUCUCAAAGAAGAUGAGGAUAAUCUGGAGGCAUUAUUACUCCGUGGCCGUGCCUACUACUAUUUAGGUGAUCAUGAUGUUGCUCAGAGGCAUUACCAAAAGGGUCUCCGCCUAGAUCCAGAGCAUGGUGAACUGAAGAAAGCGUAUUUUGGACUGAAAAACUUACUCAAGAAGACUAAAAGUGCAGAGGAUAAUGUAAAUAAGGGCAAGCUGCGCCUUGCAGUAGAGGAAUUUAAGGCAGCCCUAGCAUUGGACCCUAAUCAUCUUGCUCAUAAUGUACAUCUUCAUCUUGGCUUGUGUAAAGCCUUAGUCAAGCUUGGCAGGGGAAAGGAUGCUUUAAGCAGUUGCAAUGAAGCACUUAAAAUUGAUGAGGAGCUUCUUGAAGCUUUAGUUCAGAGGGGUGAAGCUAAACUUCUGACAGAGGAUUGGCAGGGAGCUGUGGAAGAUCUCAAAUCAGCAGCUCAGCGAUCACCUCAGGAUAUGAAUAUUCGAGAAGCAUUGAUGAAGGCCGAGAAAGCCUUAAAGAUGAGCAAACGUAAAGACUGGUACAAGAUUUUGGGAGUUUCAAAGACUGCGUCUAUUUCAGAGAUUAAAAAGGCCUACAAGAAACUUGCUUUGCAGUGGCAUCCAGAUAAAAAUGUUGAGAAUAGACAAGAAGCAGAGGAAAAGUUCAGAGAAAUUGCUGCUGCAUAUGAGGUUCUUGGAGAUGAAGACAAACGUACAAAAUAUGAUAGAGGUGAAGAUAUUGAAGAUAUAGGAAUGGGCGGCGGUGGCGGCGGAGGUGGUUUUAACCCUUUUGGUGGUGGCUCACAACAAUUUACAUUUACUUUCGAAGGGGGCUUCCCUGGCGGUGGCGGUGGUGGAUUUGGAGGAGGCUUUCCUGGUGGAUUUGACUUCCAGUUUUGA